GUCAUAACGUAGCUGAUUCAAGAAGAGAAAUUGUUACUCUCUCUCUCCAAGAAAAAGAAAAGAGGAGUGCUCGUCUCCUUUCUAUACACACAUACAUGCGAGGGCCCGACGGCGGCUUUCAAUCUUAGAAACCAAUGGUGUUCGCCGCCGAUUUUGGUUUGUGAUUUCAACUGACAAGUCGGAGUUCACUCACUAAAGAUGAACUCUCAGGCUUGGUGUCUUGAGAGAAACUGUCCAUGUAAGGUGGCAAAUCGAUCAGUCCUGCUUCAAUGGCUGCUACAUCGACCAAUAAAUCAUUGUGUCUCACUCGCCAUCUAGAUUUUAACACGGAGUUUCACAAUUUUGACUAUAUCUCUUCUUGUUUGAACAUUUGAGCAUCUAGGAGUAAAGACAAAUGAAUAAGAAAAAGAAUCCACUAGUAUUCUUAGACGUAUCAAUUGAUGGGGAUCCUGCACAAAAAAUUGUCAUGGAGCUUUUUGCUGAUGUUGUACCUAGGACGGCAGAAAAUUUUCGGGCACUCUGCACGGGCGAGAAGGGAAUUGGAGCCAACACAGGGAAACCUUUGCACUACAAGGGAUCUAUUUUCCAUCGGAUAAUUACAGGUUUCAUGGCUCAGGGUGGUGACUUUUCAAAGGGAAAUGGCACCGGUGGAGAAAGCAUUUAUGGAGGGAAGUUUGCUGAUGAGAACUUUAAACUGAAUCAUAAUGUGCCUGGUCUUCUUUCUAUGGCAAAUGGUGGUCCAAAUACAAAUGGGUCCCAGUUCUUUAUAACAUUCAAACCUCAACCUUACCUUGACGGGAAACAUGUAGUUUUCGGGAAGGUUGUGAAGGGGAUGGACAUUUUGAGGAAAAUUGAACAAGUGGGAACAUCUGAAGGGAAACCAUCCCGGAUUGUAAAAAUUGUAGAUUGUGGUGAAAUUUCUGGAGGCAAAAUUCAUGAUUCAGUUAAAGCAGAGAAAGGAAAAAAUAAAAAAUCAGAGAAAGCUUUUCCUUCCGAUGAUGGUUCUGAUGAUGAGCAAGCGAAAGGAAGACGCAAGAUAUCUCUCAAGGACAGAAGAAAGAAGAGAAAAAGGAGACAUUCUUCAUCCGAUUCAUUGAGCUCUGAUACGGAUUCUGAUUCGUAUUCUUCAGAAACUGAUUCCAACUCGGGCUCUAACGAUUCUGAAUAUGAUUCGUAUUCUUUGAGUUCAUCCAGUGAUGAAAGACAUAGGAAGAAGAGGAGGUCGUCAAAAAGAGACAAACAACGUGGGAAAAAGAGGAGGGAUAGGCAAAGGCAGAGAAGGGGCCGUCGUAGUACAAGAUCAAGGCGCAGGUCUAAAUGGAGCACGGAGAGUUCAAGCAGUACAGAAAGUGAGAGUACCAGUUGUAGCAGAAGUGGCUCUGAUAAUGGAGAAGACAGUCCUCGUGUUUCUGCCCGUAAAACCAGUAACUCAUCAAUUCCUAAAAAAAAGCAACCCAUAAAUCUUGAUGCGGAGAAAAAAUCCCUUGGUACACUCAUAGGUAAAGAGGCUGUAAUAGAGCAGCAAAAGGAUGGCGACCUGAAGAUGGCCGAGGACAACUCAUCGCAUGAAGAAGGUGAAUUUUCCCAGGAGGAUGAACACCUGAACAAUGGGCAUGGGACAGAAACUAAAUAUGACAAAACUGCUAAGCAGCAUCAUUAUUCAGAUAACUCAAACAUUUCCAGAAGCCCAACUCCUUGUCCCAAAAGAAUAUCGAAGUCCACAUCUAGGACUGAUCACAGCAGGAGUCCUAAAGGAACUAUGAGGUCUCAAAAUGAUAAUGGAACUGGGAAAUCUGGUCAGGAAAACCGGAGAAAUUCUUCAAGGAGUCCUUUAGGUGGUCCCACUCGCAAGGCCCCUGGACCUUCUGCUUCUAAUCAUGGUCGAAGUUUGUCAAGAAGCCGUUCUCCCAAUGGCACCCCAAAGCGUAUUAGAAAAGGGCGGGGCUUCACUGAACGUUAUAAAUUCGCACGACGGUACCGUACCCCCCCUCCAGAGCAUUCACCUCGUAGGUCCUAUCACUAUGCCGGAAGAAAUGUUCCUGAUAGGAAUCGUGAUAGAUAUUCAAGCUACCGAAACUACUCUGAGCGCUCACCACAAAGACGUUAUAGAAGCCCACCUAGAGGCAGGAGUCCCCCCAGAUACCGAAGCAGGAGAAGUCGAAGUAGGAGUAUCUCUCACAGCCCAGGAGUCCGUGGUCGUGGAAGGGACCGAAGCCGGAGCCCAAUACGUAGUCCUAGUCCCAUAGAUAGGCGACCUCCACUGAGUGAGAGGUUAAUGUUACGUCUUGGGCCUCGAGUUGAUGAUCGGCACACUUCGAACAGAAGAAGAAUGAGCUCAAGUUCUAGAAGCCGAGGCUCAUCUCAUUCUAGAUCUCCUGAAGCUGUUCCACAAAAGCAUGCUGAUAAAGUGGCAUCUGCUUCUCCUAGUAGGUCCAGAUCCAGUUCCCCAGCUGGAAAAAGGGGCUUGGUUUCCUAUGGAGAUAUUAGUCCUGAUAGUGGGACAAAGUAGUCUAAAGUGGCUUCCUGGUUGUGGGCACUGGUAAGGACAGCUUAUAUUUCCCGUCUCCUAAUGGUUUACGAGGUGACUGGUAAGGACACAUAAAGAAAAGCUUAUCCAUCCGGUUUGAUCCUGCAAAAGUCAACUAAUAAUCUGGCUACUUCCUUGGUAUUACCGCCUAUUCAUUUUGUUUGUGCUGCUAAUCUGAUUGUUAUGGAACCUUGCUUGGACUGGUGGUCUUGUUGGCAUUCCAAAUUGUCAAUGAACCCAGAUGAUCUUGGUCAGGUUGCCAGUGUGUCUCUAGGUUAAACAUUAUAUAUGUUAUUAAUGUGGUUUCUAUUAUUGUCUUAUUAUGUUUUAUUCUCUUAGUGGGGUAUUAGACGUCUUGUGGAUACUAAAUCAUUUCAAUUUGGAGGGUUUGAAGAUCAUGGCUAAAUCCUGCUCUUCCUUGGCUGAGUAGAAAUUUCCACCCUACUUUGACUUGCAUUGUCUCUUGCUUUAUCAACUUUUUUCUUUUUGGGUUUUAGUUGAACACAUUUACUUUUAUUUAUUUAUUUACGAAACUUAUCAUUA